AUGCACAUGGCUCCCGGCGAACACAGCGUGACGACGAAAGAGGAGCAGGAUCAACGGCGCACGCUCACGACACUCGCGUCGAUCAACAGCGGGAAACAGUCGCAGCCGUUCCACCGCAACCACCUCCCGCUCAACACAAAAUCUUCCUUCAGCCAUCGCAAAGCCCGCGACGACCGGCUGCGCGAAAUGAAGAGCAGGGAGCGCGACCUAAAGCAGGACGUCGCUGGUGCGCGGCAAGAGCACACGCACAAGAUUAUCGAGCGCCGCAAACUCAGAGAGGAGAAGGAGCGUCUCGAGCAGGUUAAAUCUAAGGCUGACGAGCGUAGACGCAAGAAGCAGAAGAAGAGGGAAGGUAGGAGUGGCAAGAUCAAUCAGUAG